AUGAAUUCGGCCGGUGUUUCCAGAAAGACUCUGUGUUCGCUCAAGAAAUUGGCAUCUUUGUGGCGAUCCGACUUCCAUGCGACCGCUACCUUUGAAGCAGUGGUCAGUAUUGCUGUCGGAUUUCGUGCGAUACCAUGGGAAUGCAUGCCACCGAUCCAAUCUGUGAAAUGUGGGCUUUGGUGGUUACCUUUGCCACAAGUGGACAACUUUCACAUUCAGGACUGUAGCACAAAUUCCACACUCGAGUCCCGGACGCCGUGGUCUCUCGAUGAUACCGGGGGCUUUCACACCUUCGACCCUCUGCAGGACCUUAUGGUUUUGUGUUCUGAGCCUGAUGAUUGUGUCACUGUGACCGAUGCGGAACAAGAUCACCAUGUCUGUCGGGUGGAGUUUCGACUGGCUUCAUCUCAACGUCCGCAUCCGAGCGCUGUGUGCACUUCUUUGGAGUGUAAGCAUACCUUUGAUGCACCUGGCUAUUAUAAUGCUGCUUUGUCGCCACCUGUAAUCUGUGGUGAUCGCGUAUUUAUUGUCUAUGAAAUAGAGGACACAGAUGGCUGGCUUGUGUCCGGCAUGUUCAUACAAGUGAUCAAUUGGAGGAAGGGAUAUGUAAAUAGGCAUAAGCAGCAUUUUUUAUGUCAACCGGAUAUCUACGACGAAGUUUGUUUCUAUCCAGUCGAUGAACAGAAGCUCGUCAUCGUUGGCCCAGAAGGCUCGAUAUACUUGUACACGUUACAAGGGCUCGAUGGGCCACCUCAGUGCCGAAUCAUAUAUCACCCUCCCAAGAUCCCCCAUCUAUCAUUACACGACUCGGAAAUCAUUAUUCAUGGCCACCCAUCACUCCUUGGCAAAGCAGCACGCCCAGGACUCACGCCGAGCUAUGUGCCCUCCCUGGAGUCGCAAAUUAUGGUUUUAGAGUUUCUUUCCAAAGCGGAGACUGCUAUCCUAUUGUUGGUAAUCGAUAUGGCCAUCUUCUCUGACAUGGCCUUGCACUCAGAUAUGCCCAUCGAGAUUCCUUGGUCAGACUGGGGACCUCAGUAUGCGUGCUACUUUCCCCACCACGAAAGCUACCAUAUCAGCGUGUUUGGCAGUAAAAUGGCUUAUGCUCUUCCCCAAGAUCAUAUUCCCGAUCCUGUCCAAAGACUGGAAAGGCUUUCCAGUGAGGACUACUUCUAUGUGCAUAUCUGGGACUUCAAUAAGCGAGUCAUUGCUCGCUCGGAAAGUGUCAAUGAUCCUGACUCACCGGAUCUUCACAUUUGCAAGCCGGGUCAGAUCAUUGACUCCUUUGGUGAAGACAUCUUCUCGAAUCGUGCAUACAUCGCAACGGUCUGUCGUACGCCAUUUCCGACAGCUGGCUCCAGGAUAUUCUUGGAACAGGAUCGGCUCACUGUGACAUGGGCUCGGCAUGGUGAGAUUAGUAUUCGGGUCAUUUCCCCCAUUCAGACGGAGGUUGGCCCGGACCUUACAGAAUAUACAGUUUGGUUAUGCUUGUAUUAUGUUUAUGUUGGAAAUGAUCAACAGCGGCCUGGCAGCGGCUCAUCAGUCUGCGGCCGGUCAAUGGAAUUACGCAAUGAGGCCAUAUCGCGGUUCAUGAUGCUCGAUAACUGUCACUACAUUGGCAAUGAAAUGCCUUUCACUCACCCCCUUUAUCUGAUUUGA